AUGCCCGGGCUUGUUUUAAGCUUUAAUAGAAACAUUGUCUGUGCCUGUAUGGAAGAGUAUAGUAUAAGAGAACUGCGCCGUGAAGACUUAACACGUGACUACUUUCUGCUUUUAUCUGAGCUAACUACGGCUCCAUUUCCAGAAGAGGCUUUGCUCUUCGAGAGAUACGAGUUUAUGCAACGCCAUAAGGAGACGUACUUGGUUUUAGUUAUUGUGGAUACAGCUAACCGCAUAGUUGGUAGUGGCACUUUAGUCACUGAGUACAAGUUCUUGCGCAAUUUAGGAAGUGUGGGCCACAUUGAAGAUAUUGUGGUCUCUAAGCAACAGCGCGGAGCCGGGCUAGGAAAGAAGCUCAUUUUCGCCCUCUUAAAAGCCUCCCAGGAGAAAGGCGCGUACAAAACCAUUUUAGCCACUAGUCCAGAGAAUGCGCCUUUCUAUGAAAAAUGCGGUCUGGUCAAGAAAGAGAUUGAAAUGGCCCAGUACCAUUCAGAAUAG